GGUCCCGCCCGGGGUCCCGCCCGGGGUCCCACCGGCAGUAGUGCCCCAGCGUGGAGCCCCCUGGGAUCCUCAGCACCCCUGGAGCGCAUCCCGCAGACCUCAGGGAUGUUUGAGAGGCUCCCAGGCGGAUCCCAGAUCUCCUAUGGAGAUCCCCAGUUGCCCCCCGACCAGAUCCCAGAUGCCUCUGGCACCGCGUGGGUGCUCCAGCAAGGAGCCAGCAUCCCUUAGGGACCUGGGAGCAGCCUCCUCGGGUUGCUCACGGCACUUGGGGCGGAGCAGCUUAAGUGCCGCCAGCACCCAGGGGUGCCGUGGCCGCAGGGACACCCGUGGGUGCCGCCCAGCCCCGACCCAACCUGUCCCCACGGCACACAUCGCCACGAGCCCUGUCCCGGCGCAGAGGGCGAGGUGGUGACGCUCCCCUGUCCCUCGCAGCAUCCGCCGUGUCCCCAGGCUGCCCGUGACCGAGAGCGGGGCGGUGGCAGCGUGGGGACAGCCCGGCGCAGGCCGGCGGGUGCCCGCGGGGCAGAAGGAGCCAACGGGGAGAAGCGGGAGCAGGAACCGGUCUGGCAGCCCCACCAGCCAGCCGCUGGUUUCGGUUAAAGCCGCCCAAAGCCACCGGAGGAGCCACGUUCCCGCCGGCUGCCCUUAACUCCUGGCUGCCCAAACGCGUGCCGGGGGCCGGCGCCCGCUGCCCACCCUGCCCUCGAGGGCAACGGGACCGUGACCGAACCGGGCCCUGUGCCACGGCUGAUGCCACCACCCGGCGCCCGUGACGGGCGGGUGGCUGCGGCUGGGGCUCAACCCCGGGUUCCCCCCGUCAUGAAUAUUCAGGGGCCGGUGGCGAUGGCCGACAGCCACGGCUGGUGGAAGUUAACCUUCCUGCGGAAGCGCCGCUCAGUGCCCACGGUGCUGUACGAGAGCCCCGACGGCCCCGCCGCUGCCGGCGGGGACAGCCAGGAGGCGCCGGGCGAGGAGGGGCCGCCAGGCUUCACCGCCCGGCUGGAGAAGAUCGUGGACAAGAGCACCAAGGGCAAACACGUCAAAGUUUCCAACUCGGGGCGCUUCAAGGAGAAGAAGAAAGUGCGGGCGACGCUGGCAGACAACCCCAACCUCUGCGCUGCCGGGGAGCGGGAGGAGAAAUGAGCCCACCGGUUGGCACCCCUCUGGCCACCACCGCCGGUUGCCCAGCCUGCCCUUGGCUCUGCCCCUCCUGGGGAUGCUGGACCCUGAAGCUCCAGAAGGAGAAGGGACUCAGACCGGAGCUCAUUCAAGGGAGAAGCAAAGACCCUGUUUAAUCGCAGCCCCCCCGGGGCUCGCAGCACGCCGGGGGCGGAGGGAGAAUUGUCCCUUUCGGUCCCCCACGGGCAGCAGGAGGCCACUGGGGCUGACUGGUUCAUACUGGGAUUAGGAUGUUCAGCCCACUGGAGCCCAUCGCUCACCCAGCUCUGCCCUGAGCACAACGGCCCCGAUCCCAGUCCCCACCGGGGAGAAGGAGACUUGGGAGACCUCCAGCCCGGGAGGCUGCUUGGCCACGGGCAAAGCCACCAGCGCCACGUCCUCACCGGCAGUCGCCCCCAGAACAGGGGAUGUGACACCUCCCUGCCCCGAGGGAACAGUCC